CUCAGAUCUUAGAGCCAAGAGUUAAUUGGAAGUUCAUUUAGGCUAGCACUUAGGGCAUUAAGUAGAGCCACAGCCUAAUGAGGGCAGAGCCCCAGUUCUGGCCCUGAGCUCGGCCCUGACCAGACAACCUGACCUUGUGCUCCAGCCUGACCUGGCUAAGUGAGGGGGCACUGGUGGCACUCACUUCCCGCUGACCGGGCGUGAGCUUCCAAGCGGCUGCCACCUUAGGCCUCUGGCUCCGAGGCAUAAAUAGGCCCAGCUCAGAGCACGGAGCUCAGAGCCCCAGGAAGAUCAACCUCGGGGACCCAGCCCUCAGCCUAACCAAUCCAGCCUCUGAGGCAGCCAGCUUCACCAUGGGCAGCCCCGGCUCCCUUCCUGGCCUCUCCCCUCGGUCCCAUCCUGGUCUCGCCUGCUGCUAUCUCCUCGCUCUCUUAGCUCUGGCCUCUGCCUGCUACAUCCAGAACUGCCCCAUCGGCGGGAAGCGCUCGGCUCUGGACAUGGACGUGCGCAAGUGCCUCCCCUGUGGUCCAGGAAGCAAAGGGCGCUGCUUCGGACCCAGCAUCUGCUGCGGGGAAGAGCUAGGCUGCUACAUGGGCACGGCCGAGAGCCUGAGGUGCCAGGAAGAGAACUACCUGCCCUCCCCGUGCCAGUCUGGCCAGAAACCCUGCGGGAGUGGAGGGCGCUGUGCUGCCAGCGGGAUCUGCUGCAGCAGCGAUGGUUGUGGAUUGGACCCUGCCUGUGACCAAGAACCUGCAUUUUCCUAGGCCUGGACAGAUGCAGACAGAUGGAGCAGC